AUGCAAAUUGCGAAGAAUAGGAAACAGAUACGUCCAUCAUGGCAGACACUAACGCUGAUAAAGUCAUAUUCAUCACUGGCUGAGCUUGAAAUCUAUGAAUCUCACGUGUUUGAAGUCAUUGGCCACAACUGGAAGAUGAUCUUGCAUCUUCGUGGAAAGAAAGAAGCCAAUAGUGAUUGGCGUAUCUCUCUAUAUGUAGCAAUUGCAAAAACGGAGGAUCUCCCUGCUGGUUGGGAAAUGAAGAGAAAGCGGUUGAAACGAUAUCAUGUAGCAAAGACACAGCAGGGAUUUGAUGAACUGCUUCCUACGGAUACAUUCGAAGAUGUCACCAAUGGAUAUCUUGUUGAUGAUUCAUGUGCAUUUGGAGCAGAAAUCUUCGUAUACGAAUAUUGUGGGAAUUGGGAAUGUGUUUCCCCAGCGAUUAAGGAUCCAUCAUUUGGUACAUAUGCAUGGAAGUUAUGUAACUUCUCCAAAAUCGGAAAGAAAUAUUGUGACUCUGAAUCAUUCAUUGUUGAAGGAACAAAAUGGAAUUUGAGACUUCAUGCAAACGGCAGUAGGAUCAAAGAGUGUCUGUCCAUUUUUCUCAUUUUGAAUGAAGAUGAAAGCACGACAUCAAAGAAACGAUUACAAAAUUUUGCGAAGCCGAACGGUUCAAAAAAUGAGAACUGA